AUUGUGCGUUAUCUAAAUUUCUGCUAGAAACUAAAGGAUUGACAUCUGGCCACCAAAGCUGCCUGUUGUGGUCUCUGGAGUUGUCACUAAGGGAGAUAAAGACUUCACCCCUGCUGCUGCCCAGGUGGCCCAUCAGAAACCUGUGCCUUCAGCACAGAAGCUGCCUGCUGGCCAGCACCUUAACCAGCACAUCCACCAGCCCAGGAAAUGAGCCUUCAGCCGCUCCAGAACAUCACGGGCCCCCCCACAUGGGGCCAGGACCACACCACCCCAAACACCUGCUCAGGUUGCCAGGGUUCUCUUGCCGUCAAACAUUCCUUACGCCCCCUCCCCCUCCCUCCGUCUGUGCCUGCAAGUGUCCAUUUUCGACCAGUAUCAUGACAAACAUUCAUUUUCUUGUUUCGUAUCUGUAAAUCAUCGCAACACUAAAAAUCGAAGGCUUCAUUGCAGAUCGCCAAUCAGAAACAUUCUAAUUCCAUGGGUUCAUUUCAUGAGGGAUUUGUGGAUGUUUUAUUUUCUUUUUUAAUUUUACAUGAAUCGUUCCAGAGAGAUGUAAAUUGUAUAAAUCAGUUUUGUUUUGUUUUUUUGAAGUUGGUGAAUGUUGUAUAUUAGGCAUUAGGUACUAGGUGUGGCUAUCUGAUAUCUGAAUAAAGAGUUAAUAUAAAACCACGCA